UUUUACAUAGCAACGUGUAAAUUUCCAGGCAGGAUCUGACCUUCCCCGACCCUGAGGGAGAGAAAAGGAGAAGGAGUGGAAGGGAUGGAAGGAGCAAGAGAAGGGGGAAACAAGGGUGUAGGCAACCAGUGGUGAGGAGAGGAAGGCAAUGACAGAAGUGGAGAAGAACGUUGUUCACUUGGAAGGUUUCUCCCAAGUUUCCACCCCAGGUAUAAGUAAGAGCAACACCAGCAGCUUGGUAUCAAGGUCAAUAGCCCUUGGUGAGAGCCUGCUCCUAUGGUGCUGCCUGCACCCAGGAGCCAGGACCAGAAACGCCUUGAGAUUCAAUAAUAAACAGAUAAACAGUCAACAAGAAUCACUGCUGCUCCACCAGAGGGAAAAAAAAAAAAAAAAAAGAAACAACAAACCUGCUUAGUAUUCAGCAAUGGGUGAGAUGAUUAAAGAUUAACCCCCUGCCUCCUGCCUCCACCCCUCUGGGAGUAUAGGCCUUGAGGCUCAGCAAAUCCUUUCAGAGAAAUAUCUGAAUUAAAAGACAACAGGUAGGGGACGCAGUGAAGGCAGAGGGAGGCAGGAGAGCCAAUAGCCUGGGACAAGGGAAUCGGUACAAUCUGGCCCGUGUUUGCCGAGGAUAAUGCGCCUUUCCAAAGCUCUCAUAGACAUGGAGAUGGCAGAUUACAGCGCAGCGCUAGACCCCGCAUACACCACCCUGGAGUUUGAGAACAUGCAGGUGCUGGCUAUGGGCAAUGACACGUCUCCAUCAGAAGCAGCCAACCUGAACACCUCCAGCAGCAUUGGGGUGAGCACGCUGUGUGCCAUCUGUGGGGACCGUGCCACGGGCAAGCACUACGGGGCCUCCAGCUGUGAUGGCUGCAAAGGUUUCUUCAGGAGGAGCGUCCGGAAGAACCACAUGUACUCCUGCAGGUUUAACAGGCAGUGUGUGGUAGACAAAGACAAAAGAAACCAGUGCCGGUACUGCAGGCUUAAGAAGUGCUUCCGAGCAGGAAUGAAGAAGGAAGCUGUACAAAAUGAACGGGACCGAAUCAGCACCCGCAGGUCAAGUUACGAGGACAGCAGCUUGCCCUCCAUCAAUGCCCUCCUGCAUGCAGAAGCCCUGGCACAGCAGAUAUCAUCCCCGGUUCCUGUGCUCAAUGGAGACAUCCGAGGGAAGAAGAUUGCCAAUAUUUCUGAUGUCUGUGAGUCCAUGAAGCAGCAGCUGCUGGUGCUGGUGGAGUGGGCCAAGUACAUUCCCCCCUUCUGUGAGCUGCCCCUGGAUGACCAGGUAGCACUGCUACGUGCACACGCAGGGGAGCAUCUGUUACUGGGAGCUGCCAAGAGGUCCAUGGUGUUCAAGGAUGUUUUGCUGCUAGGAAAUGAUCACAUCAUCCCAAGGAACUGCCCUGAGCUGGUGGAGGUGAACCGUGUGGCCGUCCGCAUCCUGGACGAGCUGGUCCUGCCCUUCCAGGAGCUGCAGAUAGAUGACAAUGAAUAUGCCUGCUUGAAAGCCAUCAUCUUCUUUGACCCAGAUGCCAAGGGGCUGAGUGACCCGUCCAAGAUCAAGCGGAUGCGGUACCAGGUGCAGGUGAGCCUGGAGGAUUACAUCAACGACCGGCAGUACGACUCGCGGGGCCGCUUCGGGGAGCUGCUGCUGCUGCUGCCCGUGCUGCAGAGCAUCACCUGGCAGAUGAUAGAGCAGAUCCAGUUUGUCAAGCUCUUCGGCAUGGCUAAGAUUGACAACCUGCUGCAGGAGAUGCUGCUGGGAGGUUCAUCAAGUGAAACGCCGCACGCCCACCACCCCCUGCACCCCCAUCUGAUCCAGGAGAACCUGGGAACAAACGUCAUUGUGGCCAACACAAUGCCUCCUCAGAUGCACAACGGGCAGAUGUGUGAGCUCUCUUUUGAUUUGGUUUCUCUCUCUUCAGCUACUCCAGAAACUCCACAGCCUUCUCCACCCGCAGGCUCAGGAUCAGAGCAGUACAAGCUGCUGCCUGGAGCCAUUGCAACCGUGGCAAAGCAGCCCACGUCCAUCCCACAGCCUGCCAUCACAAAACAGGAGGUCAUCUAG